AUGUCAGACAUGACACACUUCACCUCAGUCUUUCGUGCCCAGUCGCUCCAUGAUCGACAUCAGAAGCGCGUGAUCAAACGUAAUCGUCAGCCUGUAUCGUGUCUGGCCUGCCGCGCCCGUAAGCUGAGGUGUGACCGCGCGCAGCCAUGUGGAGCGUGCACCAAGCGAGGCGACGGGGAUGCAUGCAAGUUUGGAGCUGGUAGUCCCGGCGAUGCUGUCGGCGACAAGGUAAUUGACGGUGGAACUGCUCUCCGAAACCACGAUCCGAGGGGUAAAAAUGAAGUGGGCAAUCACGGGGGGCAGCCACGUCAGGAGGUGCAGUUCCGUCUCCAGAAACUGGAAGACUUGGUCCACGAUCUGGUGAAGAGGAGCGCCGGUCCGGCCAAGAAUCGGAACGGCGCCGUUGCUCAUGAUGCUCCGACUCCGCCUGACUCGGAACCCGGUCGUGGCAAAGGAUCCCCGGUUUCGGCGCCGGCAGAUGAAGAGGAGACAUACUACGGCGCGACCCACUGGACCGCGCUCUUACAUCACAUCCGCGAGAUCCAGACGGCCCUGAAACCGGACCACACGACCCCUCCAGAACCGCCGGAAGGCGGUGCAUGCUCCAUUGGCCCCGACUUCCUUUUCGGCGCCGUCUCGCCCGCGAUUUCCUUGAAAGACGUCGUUGCUAAUCUGCCCCCGAAACAAGACACAGAUAGGCUGCUGGGCGUCUACUUCCAAGCCCGCUUCACGGCCGUUCUCUUCAUCCAUACCGGCCGCUUCCAGCGUGAAUACGAAACCUUCUGGACGGACCCCGAGAGAACGAGUUUCCUCUGGAUCAGCAUGCUCUUCUCCAUCGUCGCCAUAGCGACGAUCAUCGUCCGCGGAAAGGGUAGCGUUGGGGCGCUGGGGCUGAGCAGCACGCUCAAGGAGCCUUCAGCGUAUAACAAUUACGCGAUAAAGUGCCUUAUCAAGGGAGAUUACCUCGCAGCCAAAAUGUACUCUGUUGAAGCGACACUAAUGGUUGCUUAUACGCGAAAUGUCGCAAGUAAGGACCUGGACCCGAAGCUGUGGAACAUGUUCGGCGUCGCGAUAAGACUCGCCCAGCGGAGGGGUUAUCAUCUCGAACCGAAGCACCUUCCGCGUUCUAUCACGCCGUUUGACGCUGAGAUGCGCCGCCGUACGUGGUUUUACUGCGAGGCGUUUGACCUUCUGCUAUCGUUCCAGCUAGGUAUGCCUGCCAUCAUACACGAGGGCGACAGCGAUGCCAGUGGGCCAGGGAACCACCCCGACGAGGACUUUGACGAGUUCAUGGUAUCCAUGCCUCCUCCUCGACCGCCGUUGGACCCGACGCCAGUACUGCACUAUCACUAUAAAUCCAAGCUCUGCCGGAUUCUGAGGAGAGUUAUUAGGCAUGCGCUUGCACCUACCGAGCCCGCUUAUGCGGAUACCUGCGCUCUCGAUAAGGCAUUGCACUGCUGGCGCGCCGAGCUGCCCGCAUGUCUCGUCGUGAGGCCCAUCAAAUCGACGAGCUUUUUGGAGCAGAAUUACACAAUAAUGCACCGGCUCAUGCUGGAGUUGAUGUACAGCAAAGCUCUCUGCGUGCUCCAUCGUGCGUAUUUAAGCCGGGAAAAGAACCAGCCAUGUUAUGCAAAGUCGAGGGAGACAUGUCGUGGAGCCGCCCUAAGAAUUUUGGAGCUGCAUGAGGAGUUUGACCGCGAGUCAAGCCCAGGUGGGAGGUUGUUUGAGGACCGGUACAUGCUCAGCAGUCUCACACUGCAUGAUUUCAUGAUUGCGGCCAUGGUUGUCUGUUUGGAUCUGAUUGAGUGUACGGAUACCAGGUAUGCCCGUUCGCACGAACAAAUUGUCGGGUGCCACAGGUGCUGA